AUGUACGCAAGCAAUCGGGCAACGGUGAGCAGCGUGCCGCUGAUGCAGGGGGGUAACCUGAGGCUGAAUUCGUACCUGGACACUUCCGUCGGCCUGGAAGUGUUGAAGGCACGAGCGGAGCUGCGCUGGGGGAUCCCUGAGUGCUUCACCAUGAUGGAGAUGCGACGGAACGGACCCAUCCCCGCCUUGGCUUCAUGCGAAGACGCGCACCGGUCACAAUUGAUCACCACUGGCUGUCUUCCCCGUGUCGACGAGACGGGUGCUGCUAAUCACGGACCCUUGGGCACCUCUGUCUGGCAAGGCCCUACCAAGAUUGCAAGGCUCUCGCUGCAGCAGGGCCUGGCCACGCCAGACCGGGGGGCCAUGCCUGUCCCCCAGGGCCAGACUAGGCCUCAGCCAGACGUUUCACGACUGCUGUCCGGCCCGGAGAGCCAGUCCGUGGUGAUCAAGAAGGAAUCCCAGGGACCCUCGCCCGCUGUCCUCUGUUGUUUCUCGAUGGCCUCAAACUCCGUUUCUCUCCAGAGGGGGAAGUGGAUGGUAGCGGUAUUGUACUAA